GGGGACCUCACCUGAUCAGUAGUAACCGGCGGCACUAGGACUGAGAUGAUCCGGGUGGAGGGGCCCCUGGAGAUGGUUGCACCUGGAGCUCAGCUCUCAGCUCUGACAUCGUCCUGCACACCUGUCCAUGGAAGAGCCAUCAGACGCAGCCGGAGGGGCCCCCGCCCUUCCUGUGGCCACUGAGACCCUGGAGGAGGAACUGUGGCUGUACGGAGGUUCUGCUACUCCCUCGCCAGAUGAGACUGGAUCAACCUCUGGACCUACUCGAUCAUUUGAUCCCCUUCAUGAUCUAUCUAGUGGGAGCCUGGAGCAGAAGGAAGAGUCACUGCAGAUCACUCAGAGCUUCAGUGAUGCCGAAGAGGACAGCGACACUGACAGUGAUGAUGUGGAGGUCACAAUCGGCGAUAUUCAUACAUCCUGCAUGGAAUCUGCAGGAACCCAAAAUGUCAAAGGAAACCGAGGAUAUGGAGCAGUUGGUAAACUGCCACCAAGAGGAGUAGAUUUUGCUGCCCCAGGUUGUAUUAACGGAGUCCCUGUUCUUGAGGUGGAUUUGGAGUCUUUUGAAGAAAAACCUUGGAGAAAGCCAGGUGCUGACAUUUCUGAUUACUUCAACUAUGGGUUUAAUGAAGCAACCUGGAAAGUGUAUUGUGAGAAACAAAGAAGACUUCAGCUGGGAAUGGACAGUAUUUAUCAUAUACACAGCAAGGAGAAUAAAAUAAUGGUGCAGCAAGGCAGAACGGGUAAUAUGGACAGAGCAAGAGAAAAUCGCUAUGAAGACGCUGAAAUGCAGUUUACUAAUCUGGGUUGUAAAGAAGGAAGAACGGUUUCUGAAACCUCCCAGAAUGGAAAUCAGACUGGAAGCACUGAUGCAAUGGUUGGGGAGAUCUGUAAUAUAGCUCGUGUUGAAGGCAGGAGAUGGGACAUUCAAGAAUCAGAUGAAAUUCUUUUUGAGGUGGUAGCUAAUCAUGGGUAUAAGCCCCAUGGCAUGAUUCAGCAUCAGCCUCCUCCACCUCUUUUACCUCCACCAAACAUUGCUCAAAAUCCUCCAGUGUACAAUGGACUUCCUCCGCCUCUAUUCUUCCAGCGCCCACCUACUCCCUCUCAGGCACCUCUUCAUCCUUCAGCACUGCUGCCUCCCCCUCUUGUACCCCCUCCUCCUGUCCAUAUUCCACCACCCACUGGCCCUCCUGUUGCUUAUAACACUAGACCACCUCCUCACAAUGGCUAUUACAACACUGGGCAAGGUGUGGUGAAUUACCAUUCUGUCUCAACUGAUCAGACCUCCUGGGUGACAACUGUAGACAAAGGUACCAGCAGUCUUGGGGGAAAUGACUGGAUGGCACGCAGACAAAGGGAACCUGACAGACCCAGAAACCUAAAUCUGACCAGUUAUAAGAGUGAAAGUGAUCGAUAUGUGAAUUACAACCGGGAAAGAAGUUAUGAUUGUGAACGUAAACAUCGGCACAGCCUUGAUCCUAGCUGGAACAAAGAGGAUAAAUCCAGAGCUGAACCAAAGCAGAAGGAAAGGGAUGAGAGCUCCAAGCACAAGUCUUCGUCAAGGCGGAAGCAAGACAGUGAAGAAAAAGAAACGCAUCGGCGCCAUAAGCGUAAGAAGAGUAAACGGGGCAAAGAAGAGAAAAGUGCAGACGAAGAAGAUGUCGGCACACACGGAAACCGGCAUGAACUACGGGAGUAAACUACUGUAUCAACUCUUUAUGCUAUCUAGCACAUGGAGCUUGGGAAAAGUAUGACAACAACCGGGACACUGUAGUACAGGGUGACGGCUUGAAAGAAAACAUGCGCAUAAUUGGCCAUGAAGCACAGUGAAUACCCUUUUACUGUGUCUAACUCUCCAUUGUAUAUUUUGUGUGAUGAUCAAGAAUUAGCAGAAUUAUUACCUUGUACUGAAUGAGGAUUCAGAACUGAUAUUUACUUGCCAACUGUGUGCACUUGUAGUGGCAAAAAUAAAAGUGCAUGAUCCUGUACUUUGUAUUGUUAAAGUCAAAUACUGAAGCACGGAUUGGAACCUUAAUGGUGUUGAACUAGGUAAGCUUCCUUUUACUUAAUUUUCUCACAUGGCCAUAUUCUGCAGAAUACAGUUCAUGUUUUCACUUACUGCUGCUAUGAAAAUGUCAUUCGGAUUUGUCUGCUGAAGGUUGCCAAUCCUUCCCUUAAGUGUGUCUACACAAGAAAUGGCAAAAUAUGGUUAACGGUUGAUUUUUGCCCUUUUUUGGUUGGUAAGAAGACUGGCUCAUGAAAAUAACACUUGCUUUGCACUAGUUCUGUUUUAAGUGCAAUGUAAAACUAAGUAUAUGCUUUCUUCAGAAGCAAAGAGCAGUAAGCUGUCUAAUUGGUGGACCCUUGGCAUCUGAAUUUAUUGUAUACUAUGAAUGCUGCACGGUUUCUUUUCUCAUUGAAGAUUAUCACUAUUCGGCUGCCAAUAAAUGGGGCCGAUUAUCUUAUUAAAAACAAGAGAUUGUUGCACAUCUGCACAUUCUCAAACCCGUGAGCCUUUUGGACUGGGUGUAGUCAUUGGUGACCAACUGAGGAUGAAAGUUUUUUUACAUGCACUGCAUUUACCAACUAAGUCCACAAAAUGCAUUGUGCUAGGACAGAGAGAUUUUAAGGGUGGACACACAACAUAAAGGUUUUUGUGCAUUGGGCUGCUUCACACCAAUUGCUGCCCUGUUGAUUUUAUCACUUACUCUUUAUACUGAUUUUUGUAUAUGUCGAACAUUUUUGUAACUGGGGAUGAAUGAAAACGCAUUACCAUUUAGAUUGACACUAACUAAAUGGUAUAAAAUAAAAAAAAAUUCACUGCAUUAAAUACUUAUUUAUUGGUAAACUAUUUAUCUCUAAGCACUUUGAUAUGUUUUCAUCAUAAUGUGAACCAUGUCUGUGUGAAGAACAAUAAAACUGGAGUCACUGAAGUUAA